CAAUAUUUAGAGAGUGAAGGUCAGUUGCACAAAACUGCAUGAAUCCUCCAUUUUAUUUCCAACCGAAGUCAGAAAGCGGGAGCGAGCCGGUCCAGAGUAAUGGCUGUGCUUGUGCGAUGGCUGUUUACUCCUCUCCUGCUCGCCUGCAUACUCCUCGCCACUCUGGAAGCUAAAGUCUUUCUUGAGCCUCAGAGGGCCCUAGGUCUGUUGAGGGUCAGGAGACCACGAGCCAACUCCUUCCUGGAGGAGAUCAAGCCUGGGAAUCUGGAGAGGGAGUGCUACGAGGAGACCUGCUCCCAGGAGGAGGUCUACGAGAUCUUCCAGACUAGAGAGAAGACGAUGGAGUUUUGGCAUGCAUAUCAAGAUAUCAACCACUGUCGUUUUAACCCAUGUCUGAAUGGUGGGAUUUGCUCAGGGGGACGGCAUGGAUACCACUGUGUCUGCUCCCCACUCUAUGAGGGCAAGAGCUGUGAAAAAGAGGUCUUUGACUGUGAGCAUAAGAAUGGUGGCUGCCUGCAGUACUGCAGAAAUUGGGACCGCACCACAGCAGUGACGUGCAGCUGCGCUGAGGGCUAUGAGCUGGAGGAGGAUGGAAAGAGUUGCAAGGAGACAGUGCGGUUUCCCUGUGGUAAGCAGUGGAUUGGCGGCUCGUUGUACCGCAACCUCCUCUCCAACGACACCCAGCCCCUCUACACACUGAGCCCCAACUCCACACAGCCAGACUGGGAUAACUCCACCCUUGGACAAGGUAACUCCAGUGACCCUGUAGGAGGAUACUACAGAGACCUGCAGGAACUGGAAGGCAACGACACACGCAUCGUUGGGGGGCAGCUCCAGAAACAGGGAGGAAGCCCCUGGCAGGUUCUCCUCCGCAGGGCUGAUGGCUACGGCUUCUGUGGAGGGACAUUAAUUUACGAGCGUUGGGUGGUCACUGCUGCUCACUGCCUGCAGGACAUUCCAGACCAUGUGACUAUAGGUGACUAUGACAAGAAGCGUCCGGAUCCGGGUGAGCAAAAGAUAGCAGUGGCACACACAAUACCCCACCCUUUCUUCCACGAGUACACCUUCGACAGCGACAUUGCUCUUCUUUACCUGGCCCAACCUGUCCAGCUGGGUCCGUUUGCCACCCCAGUCUGCCUUCCCAAUCCAAACCUGUCCCGGCACCUGCUGCGCGACGGCAUCAUGGGGGUCACCACCGGAUGGGGGGCCACCCGCUACCUCGGCCCCUCCUCGCGUUUCCUCCGAAAGGUGGCACUUCCCGUGAUCGACCAUAUGAAGUGCAUGGGCUCCACUGAGCAGUUUAUCACAGACAACAUGUUCUGUGCUGGAUUCGAGGUGAUUGAAAAGGACGCCUGUUCGGGGGACAGUGGUGGGCCAUUUGUGGUUAACUACAGAGGCACCUGGUUCCUCACAGGAGUGGUCAGCUGGGGAGAGCAGUGUGCGGCUAAAGGGAAGUAUGGUGUGUACACACGGCUGGGGAAUUACCUGAGCUGGAUACGAGACACCAUAUCUACACACGAGCACAGGGCAACAGCUACAGAACGGCCUUAAUGUGGGCCUCACCUGGACACCGCCACUGGCAUUGUGCCCACUGAAGUAAGGCGGGCAUGUGCCCACCCAGAUUUGGAUCUGGAUCUUUUAAGUUUAAAAAAUAAUCCUUAAAAAGUCUUUGAAUAUGCCCAAUUUAAGAUGAUGGCAUCAUGUCUUUUCUGGGGGCCUCAUAUCCUCCGUUCAUAUUGUGUCCACCCAAAACGCCCCUGGGCACAAUGCUACUUUGGUGCCACAAAUAUUAAAGACUGUGACAAAGAU